GGGUCCAAGGAUAUGGCGAGAACAUGAACGACCUUUCCAGUGAUUAUUUUGACGUUGUGAUGUUCACAUAUCUGCUGUGCUCCGUCAAAAAUGGCCGAGAUGUUCUGGAUGAAGUCAAGAGAGUACUAGUCAAAGGCGGCCACCUGAUUUUCCUGGAACACAUCGCCUUCCCUCGUGGCACCUGGCAAAGGGCGCUCCAGAAUUUGAUGACGCCACUCUGGAUGUUUUUCUGCUGCAACUGUCACCUGAACAGAGACUCUGCAGAGCUCAUUGAAGCUGCGGGCUUCUCGCAUGUCUCAGCCAGCUAUGUCAACGUCGAAAUGGGGCUUGUGUUGAAUAAUCAGGCGUACGGUUUUGCUAUUGCCUGAAUGAGUUACAAUCGCAGUUCA